AUGGAUCCGGCCAUCUGCUCCGGCGACUGGCCAGUUCUGCAAGUUAUCGAAACCUGCAAGCCCACGGCCGGCUGCGCCAGUUCUCCACCGCCAAGUUGUCUGACUUCCACCUCCAGUCAUCCUCCGCCGUUGCUGACCCCCGAUCCCUCUGCCAGGAACCCUCAUGAUCCAGCUCCCGGCAACGCUCGACUGCCACGCACCCUUGACGACCAUCACCUCUUCCCCCGCUCGUCGAUCUAG